AUGCCUUACCCCGAGGAAGCCCAAGGAUUCCAGGUUGACGGACCGGAGACCUACACUGAGUUCCACAAGCGCUUUUACAAAUUGAAGCCCUUUGGCGAUUAUGACGUCGACGUGAAGAUUGAAGCGUGCGGAGUAUGUGGCAGUGAUGUGCACACAAUCAGCGGUGGAUGGGGCGAGCAAAAGUUCCCUCUGUGUGUUGGACACGAAAUUAUUGGCCGAGCGAUUCGUGUAGGCCCCAAGGUCACACUGAUCAAAGAGGGCGAACGUGUCGGCGUCGGCGCGCAAUCUUACUCCUGCGGCGAGUGCAAGCAAUGCCGCAAUGACAACGAGACCUACUGCCCCGUCAUGAUGAUGGAUACCUACGGCUCUGAGUGGCCCGAGACGGGCAUCGUCAGCCAAGGUGGGUAUUCAUCGCAUGUACGCACCCACGAACACUGGGUCUUCCCGAUCCCCGACGCGCUGGAGACCAACACUGUCGCACCGAUGCUCUGCGCUGGGCUGACGGCGUACUCACCGUUGGUGCGCAACGGCGCCGGUCCCGGCAAGAAGGUCGGGAUCGUGGGGCUGGGCGGCAUCGGGCACUUUGGCAUCAUGUUUGCCAAGGCGCUGGGAGCAGAGACGUGGGCGAUCUCGCGAUCUCGGGCCAAGGAGGCGGACGCUCGCAAGCUGGGAGCGGACGGGUACAUCGCGACCGCCGAGGAAGGAUGGGAGAAGGAUCAUCGCUUCUCCUUUGAUCUGAUCAUCAACUGUGCAAACUCAUCCGAUGGCUUUGACUUGGCCAAGUAUUUGUCCAUGAUGGAUGUGCACGGUCGCUGGGUCAGUGUGGGAUUGCCUGAAGAAGAGGGUCAGGUCAUCAAGGCUCAGUCGCUGAUUUCAAACGGUGUCUUGAUUGGUGCCAGUCACUUGGGAUCGCGUCGGGAGAUGCUUGACAUGCUGCAGCUGGCAGCGGACAAGGGACUGAAGGGCUGGGUGGAGGAGAUUCCAAUUAGCGAGGAAGGAUUGAAGCAGGCCAUGCUGCGGAUGAAGAAGGGUGAUGUCCACUACCGGUUUACUCUGACUGGGUACGACAAGGCUUUUGCUUGA